AUAACAAUUUCUCCCGUUGCUAUUCAAUAAUUGUAUAGAAUCGGACUUUAUCAUAUGUCUAUUAAGUUGACGUCAUGACAUCACGAAAACAGUUGACGCCACUCAUUAGUAACGGCAGAUCAUUGGAGUGUAGCUGACGACGCUUAAUUUUUCCGAUUUUUUCAUUAUGAAAUAACAAUGGAAAAAGAAAACACUGGCUGUUUUGCGUGGAUUGUAAGCUUUAAGCAAUCAUGCAACGAACGGUGGGCAAGAUUCAGAAAUCGGCUCCGUCGUCGAUUUUACGCUCGUAGAGGUCAGACCAUAGACCCAUCAACAAUUGUGAACGAGACUGGUACCAAAGACAUGGUUAUUAGUAUAACUCCUUACAGGAGAAACAAAGUAAUACCAGAAAGAUUAGUUGAUCCGAGAGCAACUGGAAAAGAAUUGCCAGAAGAUGCUGGAAGUGUACUAGCUACUGAAACUGAUGAGAGCUUCGAAAAACAAGUUGGAGACUACGUGACCUGUAUUAUAACAAAAGCUACAGACAUUUUGUUGCAGGAGAGACAGGCGUCACUAGGCAACCAAAAUGUCAUCGUGGAAAAUUCUGCAGACGCCAUUCCUUUGUCUCCAAGUAUCAUCAGUCAAAUCGCCGACAUUGCAGUGACAGAAAGCCUGACCAAUAUUGUAUUAAAAUCAAACAUAAACCAGUCCGCUAUUCACAACACUAUCAGAGAAUAUAUGGUGCAAAAGUCUUUAGAACUGUUGGCGGAGACGUUGAUGACGGGCAGCCUGCUGCUAGAUUAAAACUGCUGAAAAGGAUAUUACAAGAAAGUUAUAUUGAGACGAAGUUAAUUUAGUGUUAUAAAAUAUUUAUAUUUUCAUCGAAUCGAAUCAUAUUUUUUAAAAUUGUUUUUAUCAUGUUUAUGAGGUUCUGAAUUUUAUUUUUGUAUAAUAAAGUUCAUGGAAAC